CAAAGUGAGAGAAGUGAGCUCGUCGAGUUCUCUUCCUUGCAGCCGGAGUUGGUGAACGUCCACCGCAACGAUAACGCGUGCAGAUCCGUCGUACCUCCUCCUCGGUGUAGUGAACGUCACCCGCUGCCGCCGCCGUCGCCGUCGUCGCCGUCGUCGCCGUCGUCGUCGACCAUAACGCGAACUUGAACUUGACAGUGAAAUCACGAAACGAUGGGAAUUUUUAGCGGGUGGAGUUCAGUUGCUAUAACUGCUGUUUUCACGUUGCUGGUCGCUGUCCAAGGAACAAACGCCGUGAGAGAUUCAUCGUGUCCUAGAAUAUGUACUCAAAACGCCUAUGGAGAUCCAGUCUGCGGCUCGGAUGGUAUUAUUUAUUCCAAUAUAUGCGAAAUGAGAAAGAAGACUUGCGGAAAAGGAGUUACCCUCGCUUCGGAUUCCGGUUUAUGCCAAAGAUCGUCCGGCUCGAAAUGCGACCACAAAUGCGGCUCGGAAAAAGAUCCGGUGUGUGGCACAGAUGGACGAACCUACUUAAAUAGGUGCAUGUUGCAAGUGGAAAUGUGUCGUGUAGGUAUAGCGCUGUCGCAUUUGGGCUCCUGCAAUAACAUCAGCGCCCAUCGCGAGAACUGCCCUGUCGACUGCAAACAAGCCCCUCAAGACGGACCUGUCUGCGGAAGUGAUGGGAACGUCUACAAGAAUACGUGUUUGAUGAAACUGUUAACCUGUGGACAGGGGGUGGUCAAAACCAACCGAAAAUACUGCCAAACGACCAGACAUUGUAGAGAAUCCUGUUGGAGGAAUGCUAGACCUGCCUGCGGAUCGGACGGUAAAAUUUACACGAACGUCUGCAAGAUGAAAGUUAAAAAUUGCGGCAAACACGUGUUCGAAGUGCCAAUGGCGUUCUGCGCGGCACAAGAACGAACUGCCAGCACGACAUGCCCGUUGGAAUGCGCCAACGAAAUCGAAAAGCCCACAUGCGGUUCCGACGGAUACAUCUACAAGAGCGAGUGUGAACUGAAAAUGUUAAAUUGCGGCAAUAUUCGCAGGGUGGCGAAAGUAGACUUCGAAAAAUGCAAGGCGCGCAUAUCGAAGUGCUCGAAAAUAAAAUGCUCGAAUGACUUGGACCCCGUUUGCGGCACGGACGCUCAAACUUACACGAACCAAUGCCACCUUAAUUCCGCCACUUGCAUGAAGGCGGUGCAAUUCGCGCAUUUAGGUAAUUGCACGCAACUGGAAGAGGACGCUUGCCCUGAAAAAUGUGAUGAUUCCGGCGAAAAUGAACCUGUAUGCGGAAGUGACGGUAAUGCCUACAGAUCAAGAUGUCACCUGAAAAAAGAAACUUGCGGACAAUUGGUGAUCGAGGUCCCACCACACCAUUGCAGAACCACCGCUUUGUGUAACGAAAAAUGUUCGGACGAGAAGAAGUUCGUUUGCGGAUCCGACAAUAAAAUAUACCAGAACGAAUGCGAAAUGAAACAAAAUAAUUGCGGGAAACACGUUUUCGUGGUCCCCAUGAAGAGCUGCCUGUCCGGGUUCCUGUUCCGCGGCUGCCAGAAGAUCUGCCCGACUUACUACGACCCAGUUUGCGGUACCGAUAACAAGACGUACAGCAACACCUGCUUUUUGGAGAUCGAACAUUGUCGGUCUAGGUCGCUGGUGACGCUGAAGAAUAUGGGCACCUGCGCCGAACCCAUCAAUGAGAUACCCAAGAACUACCUGUAUUGAUCGGCCUCGGGCGGACGCGGCAAUUGAUGGCAUACGAGGUUCGAUCAAAAACAAAUCAAAACCUACACUUAGUCCCUGGCGCUUUACUUUGAAACCAUUAUUAUUGGUUUUCUCCGCCACAUGCGGUAAAUAAAGAAAUAAACACAAAACAUUUGUAUAAAUUUUUGAUGAAAUGCAUUUGACAUUUUAUUAAAAAAAUAUUGUCUCGUAAAAUAUCACAGUCAAGAUAUAAUUUAAAAAAGUUCAAUGAAGAAGAAAAAUUGAGAAAAAUCUACGGUUAACACUCUGGCUGCCAUGAUAAAUUCAAUGGAAGGGUCAUAUAAGUCACUUCGUUUUUUUACUGAAAAUAUAUAUUCCAGGUCGUGCGUAUAUGGGAAUAGACAGAUUAAGACAGGUUGAUGCCUCGUUGUCAAUGUUUCUCAUUUCCACCAUGAAGGUGAUAAAACAUUGCGUCAAGCGGUAAUAUUGAGGCAAAAAGUUUAAUUGACCUUCUAGCAAAAAGUUGCGUUUGAAUCUUCACGAGUGCAAAUAUAAUAAAGGUCAAUGUUUAUACAACAAAAAUGAAUCAAACAAAAGCAAAAUUCUCAAUUUCAAGGAGAAUUUGUUUGUGUGCACUGAAAAGUUCCUAUGCUUGGAGUGCUUUUUUGACAAGGAUAACAUUUUUAUGAAAAUAAAUAAUAAUUACAUUCUAUGGUAUUAUUUUUCACUGAAUAAAGUACCUUUUAUUAAAACAACUGGGUUAUUUUGGUGUGACCCAAUACUACAUAAAAAUGCGCUCCACAGUGUAUCAUGCAAGAUAUCCAGGUCUCGCCAGUGUAUAGAGCUAAAGAUAGACAUGGCAGCCAAACUAUGUCAAAACUGGAUCCAUAAUAUUAACCUUAUAAACCUCGUAAAACUUAGAUGUCACCCUCAAUUUUUUAUUUUAUAUAUUCCGAUUCCUGAUAAGAAAAUUCAACGAGACACUCAUCUCAAACUAAGUUUUCAGUUCACGGGCCCGAAAUUGAAAAAGUCUCGUAAUUUUUAUGUACAACUUUAUUUAACGCAUGCAUUAUAUCGAUUUCUCGAAAAUGAAUAAUAAUAAUAUUUGUGAUUUUUUAAUGCCUCGUAUGAGAUCUUUCCAAAUAUCUCGAUCAGCCAAGGAAAAACUGAGAACAAAAAAUCGAGUCAAAAAUUUGCAACUAUCUCGAAAAGAUAAAACUGAGGACGAGUUAAGUUACGUGCAAAUUUACUAAUUGUGCACAGAUAUGCAUAUCCGAAACUAUUUAAGUGUGAUAGUGUCGUACAGACUGUUGACAAAGUAUUUCUUGAACGCGAUAACUUGAAACAGCGGCAGGCUAAAUUGGAAUUGAAUUCAAUUGAAUUGAAAGCGAAUAUACUAAGCACAGAGACUUUCUCAACCCGUACGUACAUAUAGACUUUCAUAUAUAAAAUAUGUCAAUAAGCGACUGUAGAAUGUAGAAUAAUGUGAUGUUAUGGUUAUUGUUUCCGAUAUAUAGGUACAACCCAAAUUUCUUCCAGAAAUUUAUAAAAUCUAGUUUUAAAAAGCUUGCUAAAGUGGUGCCAAUAUGUUAGAACUACUAUUUUUUAUUUAUUCCUAUGAAGUCUAAUAUAAUGGUUU